AUGAAUUUUGCUCCCAAACAUAAUAAUGAUCAACAACAACAGAAAAAUAAUAAUAGUAAUAGUAAUAUUAACUUAUCACUUAAUGAUUUACAUUUAAAACCAAAUCUACCAUCAAAAAUAUCACCAGACUUUUCAUUGCAACAUCAAAAUAAUAAUUCAUUUAAUCAAAAGACUUCUAAUAUUUCUUCUUCUACAACAUCUGAAAAGCCAACCAUUAAUAAACCAACUAAUUUAUUUAAUUUUCUUGAAAAUAGAACCAAUAAUAAUAAUAAUGUUAAUAAUACUUCUUCUUCAUCCAACUUGUUACAACAAAACAAUAAAAAAAAUUCACCUAUUAAACAACCAAUCCAACAACAACAAAAUAAUACAAAUAGACAAUCAAACAAAUUUUCUCAAAUAUUUGAUGAAACUUCAUUUCAAAAGGAUUUAAAUACUGGGUUUUAUGCUUCAUCAUUGUCGUCAUCAAACAACAAUACAAACAACAAUGUGAAUGUCUCUAGACAACAACCUCCAUCACCAAUAUUGGUUCAACAACAACCAACUCAAAUUCAAUCAAAGCCAUCAUUGAUUAGACCUAUAUUUGAUCAUCAUUCUACCACGUCUGGUCAAUCUUCUGCUUCACCUUCAGCACCACCAACUCCAAAUAUCAAACAAUCUAUUGCUGCACAACAACAACAACAGAGUAUUGGUACACCUUCAACUAUCAAUUCCAUUGAUUUAUCUUAUGAAUCUGAAGGUGAUUAUUUAUCUUCACAAGCCAACAACACUACAACUGAUUCUGAUGUAGAUUAUCCUCAAAAAUCAUUUACAAAUCUUUUAAGAAUAUUUGAUGAUAUUGAAGAUAAUUAUCAAAAGAGUAUACAAUUAAAUGAAAUAUUUGAACAACAAAUUAAAUCAUUAGAGUUGGAUGUCAAUGCCAAAGAGGAAAUGAUCAAGAAUAUUCAAGAUGAACGUCAUUUAUUACAAAUCAAAUUCGAUGAUAUAGAAACUCAAUUCAAUUCUAUUCAAUUUGAUCAAAGAUCAACCAAGAUUCUUUCCAAAUCCACCUCUGAAUAUAUUGAUGAUGCCCAAAAGAAAAAGGUAGAAUUGGUUCAAAUGAUUGAAAAGGUUGAAAAAAACUAUCAAGAAAUAACAGAAUAUGUUCAUACCAUUAAUAAUCUUACAGAAAGUUUACAACAAGAUUUAAUAUUACAAAAGAAAUCAAUUCAAUCUUAUAAAGAAAAAGAAGAAACAUCAAAAGAUGAAAUUGAAGCUAUGCAAUUAUUAAUGGAAAGUGAAACAAAAGAAUUUAAUGAUAAAUUAUUAAAACAUAAAUUAGAAUAUAAUACAUUGGAAAGUGAUAUAAAAUCAUUAAUGAAAAAGAAAUCAACAUUACAAGAAGAUUAUAAUAUUAAAAUGGGAGAGAUUGAUAAAUUUAAAACAAAGAAUGCACAAUUGAAUGAACACAACAUGUCAAUGUCUGAAGAAAUCUUGAAUUUAAAAUCAGUUCUUGGAGAAAAGGAUGGUGAAAUCUCAAGACUUUGUAAAGAUUUGACAAAUACUGAACAAUCUCUUUCUGGAUCAAACAAACAUUUAUCUGAAAUUGAAAUUAAAUUACAACAAACAACAGAAUCUAAUCAACAAGAAAUUUUAAAAUUAAUUAAUAAUUUUAAUUUAAUAGAGAUUAUUGAAAAUGAUAAUAACGAUUUAUUGGUGAUUAAAGAUAAUUAUCAAGAUUUACAAGAAAAGGAAAAACAAUUGGUUGAAACCAACACUGAAUUGAAUGAAUCAAUUCAAUCAUUAUCAUCAAGAGUAUCUUAUUUGGAAAAGGAAGUAGGAAAUCAAUUUGAAGAAAACAAAAAGAUUUCAAAUGAAAAGGGACAAUUGGUAGAGGAUCAAACACUUUUAUUGACCAAAAUGUGUGACAAGGAUCACAAAAUACAAUCUCUAUUGGCAAAAAUUGCAAAACUUGAAUCUGAUUUGGAAACUUCAACAAAAGAUAGAGAAUUAAAAUCUAAAAUGAUUACUGAAAAAACAAAUCAAUAUGAAAAGUUGGAAGAAGUUUAUAAUCAAUUUAAAAUGGAAUUUGUUGAAAGAGAUAAGGUGGUACAAACAAUAUCCGAGGAAUUGGAACAAAGAAAGAAUGGUUUGGAAAGAAGAGAAAAGGAUUUAUCAACUAGAGAAUCAAAAAUGGGUGAGGAACAAACAAGAAGAGCAAUAUUAUCUGAUUUUUCAUCAACUGAAAUGGGUGAUAGAUCACCAUCAUUUACUCAAAGUUUAUUACAUGAAUCAAAUCAAUUAACUCAAAUUUCAACCAACAAUAUUAAUAAUAUCAAUAAUUUCAAUCCCAUUCCCAUUACCAAUACUAUAAUUACAACAGCAGAUACAAUUGUUCCAACUAUUAGUAUGAUUUCCAAUCCAACUUCACCACCACCUCCAAUUUUAACAACACCAUCAACAAUCAAUACUACCAGUACUAUGGUUUCAUCAAAUGAUCCAACAUCUCCACCUCCACCAGUUUAUAGUCCAACCAGUGCAAAUACCAAUCCUUCUACUACAACUGCUCCAACACCUGCCACCAUACAAUUACCAUUAAGAGGAAAGAUUUCAAGAGGUAGACCAAGAGUUACAAAACCAUUAUCAAAUCCAAAUGGGAAAGAUAUGAAUAUUAAUAAGAGAUCUGUAAACUUUAGUUCAAUUUAUGCAUUGGAAAAGAUACUUUCAACAUCUGUUGGACCAAAAGGAUUAGACAAGGUCAUUACUAAUGAACAGUUAAAAGAAACUAUCAUUACAAAUGAUGGUGCUACCAUUCUAUCAAAUCUACCAAUAAGUAAUCCUUAUGCUUUAAUUAUGAAACAAUUGGCUUGUUCAAUUGAUGUAAAAGUAGGAGAUGGUACAACAUCUGGUGUAAUAUUGGCAUGUAGAUUAUUAUAUCAAGCAGAUGUAUUAUUAAAUCAACAUCAUUUACAUCCAAAUGAAAUCAUUGGUGGGUAUAGAUUAGCUUUGACCUAUUGUAAAGAAGCUUUGACCAAGAUAUCUGUACACGUACCAAUAGAAAAACAAACUACGUUUAUACAACAAGUUGCAAAGACUUGUAUAUCAUCAAAAGUUUUAUCAAACUAUUCUGAUGGAUUUACAAAUCUCUAUUUAAAAGCAAUUGAUAUUAUCAAACAAAAGAAUGGACAACAAAAAGGAACACAUCAUGAAAAUCUAUCAAAUGUACAUUAUACAAAGAUACUUGGAGGAUCUAUAUCAGAUUCAACAUUGGUUCAUGGUUCAUUCAUUCAAGGUAGAUUUGCUCUACCAAAAAUGACAAAAGUCAUCUCUUCUAACGCUCGUAUACUACUUUUGGAUUUUGAUCUUGGUUAUACUGAUCAAUCUUCAAAUAUUACCUCUUCAAAUCAUUCAUCUUUUAAAUUUAUUGAUUUAUCAAAAUUAUCUUUUAUUGAAAGAAUGAAUAUUGAAAAAGAAAGAAAACAAAUUGAAAUUGAACAAUCAAAUAUAUUGAUUGGAAAUAUUAAAAAGAUUUAUGGUGAUGGAGUUGAAUUGAAAGGAAUUGUAUUAUUUUCAAGUAAAAGAGUAUCAACAGCAUGUCUAUCACAAUUAUAUAGCUAUGGUAUAAAUAUUGUAACAUUGGUUUCAAAACAAGAUAUGAAUCAAUUACAAUUAUCAACUGGUGCAAUCAUUUUAAAUUCUUUGGUCAUUGAAUCAAGAGAUCAUUAUCUUGUUCCAAUUGAUAGUUGUAAAGAGGUUUUGGAGAAAAACUCCCAAUACUUUAUUCAAAUUGAAAACAAAUCCUCAUCAACUUGUACAUUUAUUUUAAAAGGUCCUUCAAUUUAUACAAUUGAUGAAAUUUUUAGGUCAUUAAAUGAUUUAAUAUCAAUUAGUUUAUUAGCAAUGGAUAAUCCAAAUAUAAUUAGUGGAGGAGGAGCAAGUGAAAUUGAAUUAUGGAAAUAUUUAAUGGAAAAGAGCAGAGAGACCAAAAAUUUCAAAAUUAAAAAAAUAUUACAAAUGUUUGGUGAAGCAUUAUUAAUUAUACCAACUUUAUUAAUUAAAAAUGCUGGUUAUGAUCCAAUUGAUUUAUUAUCAAAAGUUAAAUCUCUUCAUCUUCAACAAAAUAAUAAUAAUAAUAAUAUUCAUCAAUCAAUUAACUUAACAAAUGGAGAAUGUCAAGAUAUGAUGGAAAAUGGAAUCAUUGAAUUAUUUCUAGCAAAACAACAAAUACUAAGUAUGGUUAAUUGA